GGAUUCAAGUAUUUGUGUUAAGUGAAACAGAUCAUGUUAUCCCUACAAAUCUCAAAGUCUAAUACUAAUCUAAUUCCAAUGAAGCAAAAUAUUUAUUUUAUUGUUGCAUGAUUUUAUUGCUGUAUUAUUACCUAGACUAAAAAUGCAAUUGCAUAAAUCUUAAUGAAAAACACUGCACUCUGGUAAGAGGAAGUAACUAUUUAAAUAACACCAGAAGUCAUCCGAAAUAGAAAGUAAAAAAAAACAAGUGGUCAAGAGAACUCAAAGAUGUUACUGGUCAGUCAGCACAGAGAGCAAGACAGAGCUGCUUCGCCUACAUAUCGCUUUACACUGACAACCACAAUGUUCUUCUACAUCGGGUCUGUCCUUUUCUUUUGGGAAUAUCUUGUUAACAAUUUCGCAACUGGUUUUUCGGAGACAAACUUUUCCCCCUGCUUGUAUUCUUCCAAGACUGGAGCUUACGAGGCAUUCUUAAAUAAGCAUGUACGUUCUGAUGCCCCAGAAACCCUUGACCAAAAUCAGUGGCAAGCUUUUAUUAGGCAAGUAGGGAUGUGCAAUCGACCAGUUCAGUCCUUUAUCCCGUACGCCCUGAAACAACAAGUGGACAACGUCUGCUCUCCUUCAGGAGGUAAAACAUACAUGUAUAACUUGUGUGUCAGCAAACAGGAGUUCAACUUUAUUACCGUGUUCGUGGACAACAACUGUGUCGUAACGAGGGUCAUGCCGGAGAAGAAGUAUCUUUUAUUGGCUUGUGAUGAGAUCGAGCAUUACUGCCGUCCAGUGCAUUUUCAAAUAAAUCCAAAUAAUGAUGGACCAGACGACCAAAAUCCAGACUGCAAAAAUCUGAAUAUCAAAAAAAGGCUCAGUUUAAAACGUUUUAUCUCAGCCUUAUGAUACUCACACUGCUGUCAGACUUAACCUGCUUUAUGUGAUUAACUUGACCUAGUCUGAAAGAUAUAUACAAAAACACAUAAUAGAUUUGUGCCAGUGCAACAGUUCUUCUUGCUUUGACACCCUUGAAUGUAAUCACAUGAGUCUGUGUAUGUUUAUCUGAAAUUAAUGCACAUUUGUAUUAACAGCAACAUAAUUAUGUAUUAACUUUUUCAGGAUAACCACAGCUGUAUUAUAAUAAAUAAGUUACUGUG